AGGAAUGGCUUCCCUGCUAUGCGUGAUUUUAUUGAGAGGGUGGUGGAGAGGCUCAAUGUGGGAGAAAACAAAGACCGUGUCUCUGUAGUCCAGUACAGCAGAGAUGCACAGGUCCAUUUCGAUCUGAAAAGAUACACCACAAGAGAGGAUAUUGUUGAUGCGGUCAGAAGGCUGAGUCACAAAGGAGGCAGACCCCUCAACACCGGGGCUGCCCUCCAAUAUGUCAGGGACAACGUCUUUACAAACUCCACUGGGAGUAGGCGCCUGCAAGGAGUUCCACAGAUGUUGAUCCUGCUAAAUGGUGGAAGAUCUUAUGACAAUGUAGAUACCCCAGCGUCUGCUCUCAAACAGCAGGGCAUCUUUGUGAUUGGCAUUGGAACAAGGAGCUCUGACAGUGGAGAGCUGCAGAAGAUAUCGUAUGACCCCAGUUACGCUCUAUCAGUGUCUGAGUUCACUGACCUCCCCAGUGUCCAAGAACAGCUCUUCUCUGUAAUGACCAGAGUGCUAACAAGGGCCAAGCCUAUGACACCAACAGUAACUGUGGAGAGACAGCCACUAGGAAGGGAUAUUGUGUUCUUGUUGGACGGAUCUGAUGGCACUAGAACUGCAUUCCCAGCUAUGCGAGACUUUGUCCAAAGACUAGUAGAGAAACUCAGUGUGGAUGACAGCAAAGACCGUGUCUCAGUGGUUCAGUACAGCAGAGAUCCAGCUCAGGGCAUCUUUGUGAUUGGCAUUGGAUCAAGGAGCUCUGACAGUGGAGAGCUGCAGAAGAUAUCGUAUGACCCCAGUUACGCUCUAUCAGUGUCUGAGUUCACUGACCUCCCCAGUGUCCAAGAACAGCUCUUCUCUGUAAUGAGCAGAGUGCUAACGAGGGCCAAGCCUAUGACACCAACAGUAACUGUGGAGAGACAGCCACUAGGAAGGGAUGUUGUGUUCUUGCUGGACGGAUCUGAUGGCACUAGAACUGAAUUCCCAGCUAUGCGAGACUUUGUCCACAGACUAGUAGAGAAACUCAGUGUGGAUGACAGCAAAGACCGUGUCUCAGUGGUUCAGUACAGCAGAGAUCCAGCUGUCCAGUUCUAUCUGAACACGUACGCAACAAAGGGCGAGAUCCUUGACACCGUCAGAGGUUUGAGGCACAAAGGUGGAAGACCCCUCAACACUGGAGCAGCUCUCCAGUACUUGAGGGAUAACGUCUUCACGGCAUCUGGCGGAAGCAGGCGCCUGGAAGGAAUUCCACAGAUCCUGGUAUUGCUAAGUGGUGGAAGGUCUUUUGACAGUGCUGAUGCACCAGCCUCUGCUCUCAAACAGCUGGGCAUCUUGACCUUUGCAAUUGGAACCAGGAACUCCGAUAGCAGAGAACUGCAGAAGAUAUCCCACGAUCCCAGUUAUGCUCUGUCUGUGACUGAAUUCACUGACCUUCCCAGUGUCCAACAGCAACUUCAGUCCUCCGUGGAGGCUGUGGUUAUUGAAGUCACCUCAGAACCACCAACUGUAUUUGUUGACACUGCCAAAAAGGAUAUCGUAUUCCUUCUGGAUGGUUCUGAUAGCACAAGGAAUGGCUUCCCUGCUGUGCGUGAUUUCAUUGAGAGGGUGGUGGAAAAGCUCAAUGUGGGAGAAAACAAAGACCGUGUUUCUGUAGUCCAGUACAGCAGAGAUGCACAGGUCCAUUUCGAUCUGAAAAGAUACACCACAAGAGAGGAUAUUGUGGAUGCGGUCAGAGGGCUGAGACACAAAGGAGGCAGACCCCUCAACACCGGGGCUGCCCUCCAAUACGUCAGGGACAAUGUCUUUACAAACUCCACCGGGAGUAGGCGCCUGCAAGGCGUUCCACAGAUGUUGAUCCUGCUAAAUGGUGGAAGAUCUUAUGACAAUGUAGAUACCCCAGCCUCUGCUGUCAAACAGCAGGGCAUCUUUGUGAUUGGCAUUGGAACAAGGAGCUCUGACAGUGGAGAGCUGCAGAAGAUAACGUAUGACCCCAGUUACGCUUUAUCAGUGUCUGAGUUCACUGACCUCCCCAGUGUCCAAGAACAGCUCUUCUCUGUAAUGAGCAGAGUACUAACGAGGGCCACGCCUAUGACACCAACAGUAACUGCUGAGACGCAGGGCCCCAAGAAGGAUGUUGUUUUCCUCGUUGAUGGAUCUGAUGGUGUUGGACGGGAAUUUCCUAUCAUCCAGGAGUUCAUCCGCAGGGUUGUGGAGAGCCUCAAUGUGGGCGAGAAUAAGAUUCGGAUUGGCGUGGUCCAGUAUGGUGAUUAUGCUCAGGCUGACAUGUUUCUGAACACGCAUACAACCAAAGAAGGCGUUUUGAAUGCUGUCAGGGGAUUGAGGCAGCGAGGAGGAAGACAACGGAACCUGGGUCAGGCUUUGCAGUUUGUCAGCGGGGAUGUUCUUACAGCAGCACGUGGUAGCAGGAAGCAAGAGGGUGUACCACAGUUUGUAAUUGUCGUCUCCAGUGGGUCUUCAACGGAUGAUAUCAGUAGUGCAGCAGCUUCACUCAAACAAUCUAGAGUUCUUCCCUUCAGCAUUGGGACCAGGGAUGUUAACCCAACAGAGCUCCAGGUGGUGUCAUAUGUGCCUAACUUUGCCUUCACUGUAGAUGACCUCCCUGGCCUGUACACAGUCCAAGAAAACUUGAUCACCACUCUGACUGAGCUGUCAGAUGAUGACAUCAACAGAAUGCGUCCAGUAUUCCCAACCACUGAAGUCAUCACACCACAACCCACAGAAGGAGAAAAGAGGGAUGUGGUCUUCCUUAUUGAUGGCACAACAGCAGUGCGUAGUGAGUUCCCUUCCAUCCGUGAAAUGAUAAGAAGAGUUGUGGAGAAGCUGGAUGUAGGAUUGGAUAAGGUUCGAAUUUCAGUGGUACAGUACAGUGAUGACGCCAGAGCAGACUUUCUUCUGAAUGAAUACUCCACCAAAGACGAGGUGCGCCAGGCUGUGACAAGACUUCGAAGCAGAGGUGGGACCCGUCUAAACACAGGUCGUGCUCUUGAGUGGGUCUACAGAAAUAUCUACCAGAGGGCAGCAGGAAGCCGCAUUGAGGACGGUGUGCCUCAGUUCCUCAUUCUAGUCACAGGUGGCAAGUCUACAGAUGAUGUAUCCACUGCAGCUGACCAACUUAAGAGAAACCAGGUUGCACCUCUAGCCAUUGGUUCAAGGAAUGCAGACCCUGAUGAACUGAGAAAAAUUUCCUUGAAGCCUGAACUGGUAUAUAGAGUUGACAGUUUCCAGCAGCUUCCAAGAGUGGAGUCACAGCUCAUUGAUUCAGUCAAAAAAAUAUCCACCGCUGAUAUCAUCAGUAGUUAUACUACUCCCGCAGUGGAUAUAGGCAUCCUAGAUCUUGGGAAAAAGGACAUUAUCUUCCUUAUUGAUGGCUCAGAUAAUACAGGUCCUGCUGGCAUUGCUCAUAUCCGUGACUUCAUCCUGGACAUUGUCAAACAACUUGAUGUGCAGCCGGAUCAAGUGCGUGUGGCUGUUGUCCAGUAUGCAGACAGUGUUAAAACAGAGUUCUCACUUAACUCUCACAACAACAAGCCAGCUGUAGUCUCUGCUGUCAAAAGACUUCGUCAGAUGGGUGGUCGGUCAUCAGAUCUGGCUGAUGCCAUUCAAUAUGUUAUCCAGAAUGAGUUAAAACCUGCUGCUGGUGUUCGUCCAACUGAGGCCUCCCAGCAUCUUGUGGUUCUCACAGGUGGACGUUCCUCCCAAGAUGUUAACCUCUUUGGACCUCUGCUUAAGGGCCAACGGGUCAACUGCAUUGGUGUUGGAGCUGCUGGUGCUGACACAACACAGCUAAACCAAAUUGCCACCACCCCAGCUGAUGUUCUCCAGGUUCGCGACUUCCGUGGCCUGCCAGCAAUCCAGCAGGGGGUUAUUGACAGGUUGAGUGGGAACAUCCCUGAGGAAAUACCUACAGAUCCUUCACCAGACAUGCCACCCAAAAAGGCUGAUAUAGUGUUUUUGGUGGAUGGCUCCAUUAACUUGGGCAGGGACAACUUUAAAAAAGUGAUGGU